GGAGGAAAGUGCAUGUAUUGUAUAUGAGAGAUUGAGAGAGAGAGAGAGAGAAUUUUGCAGGUGAAACGUAUCGUCUUCCCCAAAUCGGGGUCCCACCCGACGCCAGGUCCCCGGCGCAUUCAAGUCUGCAGGAAACAUGUGAUGCAUCACCCAAAACCCGACGCCAGCUCUCUCUCUCUCUCUCACACACUUGACACUCCAACUAUCAUAUAGAAAGAUGGGUGCUACACACUCGUCGUGCCUCUCCGAAAAAUCCAUCCACGAAUUCACAGUCAAGGAUAGCAAAGGCAAGGACGUCGACCUCAGCGUUUACAAAGGGAAGGUCCUCCUCGUGGUUAACGUCGCUUCCAAAUGUGGCUUUACCGAUACCAAUUACACACAGUUGACUGAGCUUUACAGCAAAUACAAGGACAAAGGUUUUGAGAUCUUGGCAUUUCCAUGCAACCAGUUUCUGAAGCAGGAGCCUGGAACAAGCCUGGAUGCGAUUGAAUUUGCAUGUACAAGGUACAAGGCUGAAUAUCCAAUCUUCAAGAAGAUACGUGUGAAUGGGCCAAACGCAGAACCUGUCUUUAAAUUCCUCAAAGCAAGUAAACCUGGAUUUAUGGGGAGUAGGAUAAAGUGGAACUUCACUAAGUUCUUAGUUAACAAGGAUGGCAAUGUCAUCGGACGUUACAGCCCAACAACCUCUCCCUUAAACAUUGAGGCUGACAUCAAAAAAGCACUAGGAGAAGUAUAAGAACAAAGCAGUUUAGAUGAGUUAUCUGUUUCUCUGUUCAUCAUCUUUCUCCCAUGCCUGUGUUUUUCUCCCUCUUCUCCUGUCCAUAUAACUUUGGUGUGCUAUUACAUCUUAUUUAUUAUUUGUUUGUGCUUUGUCUUCCCUGUAAUUGACAUUCAUGUAACAAAUGAAAUUACUACUUUGCAAAUGAAAUGUAAGUUGUUUGGUUGUCAUGGCUGGUAAUGAAGCGGCCAGUUUGUCGGUUACGCUAGUACAAUUCCGAGUUAUAUGUUAGAGGUUUCUUUAAGUAUCAAUGUAUGAGUGAGGUGAAUUUCCUUGUUAGGCAUCAA